AAAAUGGGAAGAGGAAAGAUUGAGAUCAAGAGGAUUGAGAACAACACUAAUAGGCAGGUGACCUUCUGCAAGAGAAGAAAUGGACUUCUCAAGAAAGCCUAUGAACUUUCGGUUCUCUGUGAUGCUGAAGUUGCACUCAUUGUUUUCUCUAGUCGCGGCCGCGUCUAUGAGUAUGCCAACAACAACAUAAAGAGUACUAUAGACCGGUACAGGAAGGCAACCACAGAUGCUUCAAACAGUUGCUCCACUCAGGAGAUCAAUGCUCAAUUCUACCAGCAAGAAUCCAAGAAACUGCGCCAGCAAAUACAGAUGAUCCAGAAUUCCAACAGGCAUCUCAUGGGAGAAGGUUUAAGCUCCCUGAAUGUGAAGGAGCUGAAGCAGUUGGAGAACAGGCUUGAACGAGGCAUCUCAAGAAUCAGGUCAAAAAAGCAUGAAAUGAUACUUGCAGAGACUGAUACCCUGCAAAAGAGGGAAAUUCAGCUGGAACAGGAAAAUGCUUGUCUUAGAGCUAAGAUAGCAGAAAAUGAAAGGCUUCAGCAACUGAGCAUUGUGCCACCUGGGCAAGAAUACAACGAAAUGCAGGCUUAUCUGGCUAGGAAUUUGCUUCAACUCAACAUGAUGGAGGGUGUGCCUGUUUUUCAAGUCCCUGACAAGAAAUCUCUUCAACUCGGGUUGGAUCUAGUAGACUCUACCUGA